UGAAGUAGGAGUUGGUUUUUCUUUCUUGCAUGUAUAAAUCCCUUCGUUCUCGUCUCCUUUCUUCGCACUGGAAUAGCAACAGAUGCUGGGCUGAGCUGCAGCAUGCUGGCAGCCCAGCUGCCCCGGCAGAAGGGGAAACUCCCGGCUUUUCAUCUCCGGGAGAGCUGAGCCCAGCCGUGUCCUGCAGCCGACUCCUCCCUGCAGAGAGAGCUGUUUGCUGCCUGCAGGCUUUGGAGCUCACUUUCUUCUAAAGGAAAGAGCAGCCUGGCAUAAAAUUCACUGUAAAUGCAGAUUGUUUGAUGUUUGCCCUGGUAAAAGUGACUAAAGUCCUGCUUGAUUGCACCCCAUAUGCACAGCAGCAGCUUGGAAGGACUCGUUUUCCCUUUUCUUUUUUUUUUUUCUCUUUUUAACCUGUGCUGCCUCAGGUCCCCAGUCUCUGGCGAGCUCAGCUGCUCUGCUGACAAUGAACACCACACGCUUUGCAUUCUCAUUCCAGCCCGUGCUGCUCAACACCACCGAGGACUUCAACGACUCCAUCCCGACCAACCGGAGCGGCGACGGAUUUUGCGAGCAGGUCUUCAUCAAAGCCGAGGUCUUCUUGACUUUGGGGAUCAUCAGCCUGCUGGAGAACAUCCUUGUCAUCCUGGCAGUGCUGAAGAACGGGAACCUGCACUCCCCCAUGUAUUUCUUCCUCUGCAGCCUGGCCGUGGCAGAUAUGUUGGUGAGCAUGUCGAACGCCCUGGAGACCGUCAUGAUCGCAAUCCUCAGCAGUGGCUACCUGAUCAUUGACGACCACUUCAUCCAGCACAUGGACAAUGUUUUUGACUCAAUGAUUUGUAUUUCUCUGGUAGCCUCCAUUUGCAACCUCUUGGUCAUAGCCAUCGACAGGUACAUCACUAUUUUCUAUGCCCUCCGUUACCACAGCAUCAUGACGGUGAAGAAAGCCCUGACCCUCAUUGUGCUCAUUUGGGUGGCUUGCAUCAUCUGUGGCAUCAUUUUCAUUGCCUACUCGGAGAGCAAAACUGUCAUUGUGUGUCUCAUCACCAUGUUCUUCACCAUGCUGCUGCUGAUGGCCUCGCUGUACGUGCACAUGUUCCUGUUUGCCCGCCUGCACGUCAAGCGCAUCGCGGCGCUGCCCGUCGAGGGCGUGCCCCCCCAGCGCACCUGCAUGAAGGGGGCCGUCACCAUCACCAUCCUCCUGGGCGUCUUCAUCGUCUGCUGGGCGCCCUUCUUCCUCCACCUCAUCCUCAUCAUCUCCUGCCCCAUGAACCCCUACUGCGUCUGCUACGCCGCGCACUUCAACACCUACCUGGUGCUGAUCAUGUGCAACUCGGUCAUUGACCCGCUCAUUUACGCCUUCAGGAGCCUGGAGAUGAGGAAGACUUUCAAAGAAAUCGUGUGUUGCUGCUAUGGCAUGAGUGUGGGACAGUGCAUGCUGUAAACGCCUGGUUUUGGGGUGGAAAAAACACGCCCUAGGUGUAUAAAUAUCAAUAUAUUGAUGUAUAUAUUGAGAUACAGAGCAGCUCACUUUAAACGCAGUGCCUGAAGGAAGGGUGCGGGAAAGACAAAAGCCUCCUACAUGAUGCCUUGUUUCCUACUUUUUAGAGUGAAAACCGGUUUCAACUGAAUUAUUUGACUGAAUUAUUUUAAAUAGUCAUAAUGGAAGGAAAUCCAGAGUGGCUUACAAAACAGCUUCAAAAACUUACUGGGUAAAAGGAAUCCUGAAAGGGAAUGCCACUUUCUAGAGACUGAGAUACUAUUCCCUCUAGCAUUCAUUUGUGCCUGUUGCUUUAUCUCCAUACCACUGCCAACAAGUCAGUGUUUUCUGAAAGAUUUCAUUGGUAACGUCUGUGAAAAGCUAUUUUUCCAAACACCAGCAGGUAACAGCAUUGUUCUACACCCACCUUUUAAUGAAAGAGUAGGUUGACAUUUUUGCUGCUUGCAGCCUGAGUACAUUUUCAAAGGGUGAAAGCAAACAUUUCUCUUGCUCUGAAAUCAGUUAUCACUACAGUGUCAGUGACAGCGUGGCUUCAACAGCUGCCUGAUAGGAUUGACUCAUGUGAAGGCUUUUGCAUUAUUUAUUGUGAUAUAAGAGUAUUACACCCUUGAAUUUUUGAUUAUUUUUUUAAAGCUGGAAUGCCCUGAUCAGUGUAGUAAUUGCUGUUUGUAAAACCUCACAGAAGCCUCCUUUUGAUAAACCCUCACUAAUGAGAUCCAUGGAUCUGAACAGCAGAAAGAGCUAAAAUGCAAAAUACUCUGAAUGCAGCUUUGUGUAAGAGCUGCAGGGAGUCCUUAGAAGGAUCCACCUCUAAGUUCAGCAGCUGGAAGGAAUCAGAUGUUGGUGGCAGAGAGGACUUUAUCCAUUGAGAAAUAAAUCUCCUGGGGCAGGACAAUGUAAAUGUCCUUCCUUCAGCUCCAGCCUGCACUCAGGGGCUGGGUCCCCCUGCCCUGGGACAGGAGAGCACCAGGGCUGGCUGCCACCCUCUGCAGCCCCUGUGUCAGUGGCACACAGAGCAAGCACCUGCAGCUGCCCCAGCUCAGCCUUUGCCUCUGCUCUGUGAGGAGCAAACCCUGCAGGUGGCCAGCACAGUGUCACCGAGCCAGGGCUGCUGCAGACAUGGCACGGGCAGUGGCACCAGCAGUGCCAGGCUGAGAGCACCCUGAGCCAUCCUAGAGGCUGCUUGGCACCUUUCUGGUACCUUGCUUUCAGUGGGAGGGGGAUCCCCAAACCCUCAGAGUUGUUUGAUGCUUUCAAACAUCUCAAAGAUCUCAUUUGACUUAAAACUCUGGUUUAUUCCCCCCACCUUCUUAUUUUGGGUGAAGUUACUGGGUUGAUUUUUUUUUUCCCUUGGGACUGCCCUCUGCCAGGUGAGAAUCUGUCCAUGCACCCAGACCUUCCCCAGCUCCUGUGUCCCCAGUUCUGCCCCACACUGGUGCUGGUGUUCCAGUGCCGGUGGCAGUGACCCAGCCCUGCUGCCCCUGGGGAGUCACAUUUCCCACUCUGCACCUCUGGCCUGGGUUUGAUCCUCAGCACCCACAGGGAGCAGCCCCAUCUCCCAAUCUCAUGGGCUGGAUAAUCCUCCUGGGGCCAAGAGCCACCUCUCCCCGUGCUCCAGCCACACUCUGUCCCACCACACACCAACCUCUGGUUCCCUAUUUCUGCUGCCCUCUGAUCACACCCAAAAUUCCCUAACUGAGAUCUCACUUCCUCUCAUAAUCACAUCCUCCAGACUUCCCCCUUUCCAGCACUCUCUCUGUUCCAACACUUACCCAACCCUAUAACCCUUCAUUUCAGAAAGGUUAAAUUUAAAUUUU